AUGUCGGGGGCCAAACGCCGGAGGGAGGAGGGGGAGGACCACGUGGAUGGAGACGGGGGCCCCCGGCUCAUCUCUCCUAGCCCGGUGGUGCAUGUGAGGAGUCUGUGUGAGGCCGUGGUGGAGGCCGACCUCAUACACGCCCUAGAACAGUUUGGACCAAUAAGCUACGUGCUGAUGAUGCCCUUUAGGCGGCAGGCUCUGGUGGAGUUCUCGGGGGUGGAGAGCGCGGGGCGCUGCGUGUCCUGUGGAGCCGGGUCCAUAGCAGGCCAACAGGCUUACUUUAACUACUCCACAUCCAAGAGGAUCACCAGACCAACCAAUGCUGACAAUCCUGCCAGUGGGAACAAGGUCCUGCUGCUGUCCAUCCAGAACCCGCUGUACCCCGUAACCACGGAUGUGCUGUACACUGUUUGUAACCCCAUCGGAAGUGUGCUGAGGAUUGUCAUCUUCAAGCGAAAUGGAAUCCAGGCCAUGGUGGAGUUUGAGUCGGUCCAGAGCGCCCAGAAGGCCAAAGCAGCUCUGAACGGAGCAGAUAUUUACGCUGGCAGCUGCACGCUGAAGAUUGAAUAUGCAAGGCCCACCCGUCUGAAUGUCAUUAAGAACGAUAACGAGAGCUGGGACUACACCAAACCCCACUUGGUCAGAAAAGAACGUGGAAAACGAAGACACAGACAGGCCAUUUUGGGCGAGCACCCACUGUCCCACAGCGAUGGCUACGCCUGCCCCCUGCUGGCUCUGCCCGGCAGUAACAGCCCAGUGGAGGCUCCAGACAUGGUGUGCUACCCUCCGCCCCGGUCCUCCACCUCCACCUCCUACCCCGGCUACGCACCCAGUUCAGUCGCCAUGCGUGGAGUGAUCCCCAGUCAGGUGUUUGAGCUGGAGGACGGCAGCAGCAGCUAUAAGGACUUCGCCAUGACCAGGAACAACCGCUUCAGCAACGCUGGCCAAGCCUCCAAGAACAUCAUCCAGCCUCCGUCCGCUGUUCUGCACUACUACAACGCCCCGCCAUGCACGUCUCAGGACCAGCUGCUGAAGCUCUGCGCAGAGCAUGAUGUGCCUGGCUUCGUCAAAUUCAAGAUCUUUGAUGCCAAACCCUCCUCCAAAACCAUUUCUGGCUUACUGGAGUUCAAGAGCAAAACAGAGGCCCUGGAGGUUCUCACCAUUCUCAACCACUACCAGAUAAGGAUACUCAAUGGAUCCAACCCAUACACCCUGAAGCUGUGUUUCUCCACCUCCUCCCAUGUGUGA